AUGUGGAAAAAUAAAUCUUGGGAAAGAUUUUUCUGUUGUUCUUGUCUAUCAGGCUUUAAGGAAAAAUCAACUUUAACAAAACAUGAAGUUUAUUGUAAUAACAAUUCAGCUCAAAGAACAAUACUACCUGGUAGUGAAAACGUUCCAACAACUUGUGAAUUUACACGGUUUGAAAAAACAAUAUCCUAUCCAUAUGUAAUUUAUGCAGACUUUGAAGCCUUGGUAAUGAAGAGUGAAAAUGUAUUGGGAGCUAGUACAUUUGAAUACCAAAAACACGAGGCUUGUUCUUUUGGAUGGAUUGUUGUUGAUUGGGAGGGAAAAAUUUUAUUCAAAUGUUUCUAUCGUGGAGAAAAUGCUGCUGAAAAAUUCAUCUCUAGCCUCUACAAAGUUUACAGUGCACUAAAUGUGAAUUUACAAUUGAGAAUCAAGCCACCCAUACUAACACCAGAAGAAAGAAUAGGCUAUGAAUCAGCUUCAAAUUGUCAUGUUUGUUUACAGCCUCUUCUCGAAGAUAAAGUCUUGGAUCAUUGUCACUUGACUGGUAAGCUAAGAGGAGCAGCUCAUAAUCUCUGUAAUUUGAAAUUGAGAUUACCAAAUAGAAUUCCUGUCAUUUUUCAUAACUUGAAAGGUUACGAUGCUCAUUUAAUCAUGAAAGGAAUCAAGUCCAAUACUGUGAGAAACAUUUCUGUUAUUCCCCAAAACACUGAAAAAUAUAUUGCCUUUUUCAUGGAUGAUUUCAUUUUCUUGGACAGUUUAGCUUUUCUUCUUUCCAGUCUCGAUACAUUGGCUGGAAAUUUACCUGAUGAACAUAAAUCUAAAUAUUUAUCACAAAUGUUUAAUGAAAAUGAUCUUCCUUUACUGCUAUCUAAAGGAUGUUUACCUUAUGAGUACAUGGACUCUUGGGAUAAGUUUAAUGAGACCAAUUUACCUUCAAUUGAUGCAUUUUAUUCCCAUCUCUCUCGUAAAACAAUUGAUGAAUCAACAUACACAAAUCUUCAGAAAAUUUGGGACCAUUUCAAUUGUCAAAAUCUCGGUGAUUUUCAUGACAUUUACUUGAAAGUCGAUGUUUUACUUUUAGCUUCAAUUUUUGAAAACUUUAGGUCAACAAGCCUGAAACAAUUUGGACUUGAUCCAUGUCACUAUUUCUCGACACCUGGAUUGACUUGGGAUGCAGCUCUUAAAGUGACAAAAACAAAACUUGAUUUACUAACCGAUAUCGAUAUGAUUCUAAUGAUUGAGAAUGGAAUCAGAGGUGGAAUCUCUUGUGCAAUGACGAGACAUGUAGUUGCCAAUAAUCCUCUCUCUGAAAACUAUGAUGAGGGAAAACCAAAUUCAUACAUUGCCUUUCUUGACGUUAAUAACCUUUAUGGUUAUGCUCUAAGUGAUUAUUUACCAAUCAACAAUUUCGAAUGGGUAGCCCCUGAGUUGUACUCUCAAGUGAUUGAAUCAAUCUUGAAAGGACAUGAUCAAAAUAUCGGAUACAUUUGUCAAGUUGAUUUAAUUUACCCUAAACAUCUUCAUGAUCAACACAAUGAUUAUCCCAUGGCCCCUGAGAAACUCAAUGUUGAAACUGAAUGGUUGAGUAAUUACCAGAAAAGACUCAUCAUUAAACUUGAGGGUGAAGGACUAAAAAGAUGUAAGACUGAAAAGUUGAUUCCAAAUUUGAGAGAUAAGAAAAACUACGUUGUACAUGAAAGAAACUUGAAAUUUUGGUUAGAGAAAGGGUUAAUCUUGGAUAAAGUUCAUUCAAUAUUGAAAUUCAAUCAAUCAAAAUGGUUGGAACCUUACAUUUCAAUGUGUACACUCAAUCGAAAACAAGCAUCUUCAUCAUUUGAGAAAGAUUUUUGGAAAUUGAUGGUAAAUUCACUGUAUGGUAAAAGUAUUGAGGAUAAACGAAAACACUCUAAAGUUAAGGUUAUUACAAAUGGUGAACAAGCUCUGAAAUUAAUCAGAAAACCAAUGUUUGAACAUUUUUAUAUUCUUGAUAAUGAUUUAGCAAUCAUUAAGAUGCGUAAAUUUGAAGUUAAAUUGGAUAAACCGAUUUACCUUGGUUUUACUGUAUUGGAAUUAUCAAAGCUUAGAAUGUAUGAGCUUCACUAUGAUUACUUUUACCCUCGUUAUGGUGAUAAAUUGAAGUUAGUAUACACUGAUACUGAUAGUUUCAUUUAUCAUAUUCAGACUGAUGAUUUUUAUAAUGAUCUAAAGUCAAUGGGACCAAUCAUGGACUUUUCCGAUUACCCUCAAACUCAUUUUCUGUAUGAUCCAAUAAACAAAAAGAAACUUGGAGUCUUGAAAGAUGAAAUGAAUGGUCAGGUAAUUGACGAAGUUGUUGCCAUUAAAUCAAAACUUUAUGGAAUAAAAUAUGGAUCAAAGACUAAAAAGACGGCCAAGGGAACUCAAAAAGCAACAGUUCGUGAUGAAAUUUGUAUAGAUGAUUACAAGACUUGUUUAUACGACAGCAUUUUAUUCAGACAUGAUAAUCAUAGAUUACAAUCUAGACACCAUCAAAUCUCUGGAAUUAAAACAAACAAAAUAUCUCUAUCACCAUUAGAUGACAAGAGAUUCAUUCGUGAAGAUGGAAUAUCAACAUAUGCUUUUGGACAUUAUAAAAUUGUUUAA